AUGCAGUGGCUAUACAGUGGCAGGAUCACGGUGCUUUGGAGCUCAGAACCGACCAACGAGGUCGACUCUUCGUACAAUCCGACCGACGAUUUGAUAGAACAGUAUCUCUUUGGCGGGAGGAUGAUGGAUCCAACUUUCCAGAAUGCUGCUAUCAAAGCCCUCAUGGAUUGCUUGAGUAACGGGUAUAGUUUUCCGAGGGCUGGACUAGUCCGUGAUGUGUACAAAGGCACUAUGGCCGACUCUCCAAUACGAAAGCUGCUUCUGGAUAUCGUGGUCAACGGUGCAGAUCAGAGCUGGGACUUUUCUGCCCUUUUGGAGAGGGCCGGAGAGGAGUUCACCAAGGACCUUAUAGUUGCAUUCGCGGCGAAACGGCCAAAGCCAGACUGUAGCGAGAUACUCAUGGUCAAGGUUGGGGGUGGCGACGACCCUGUCGAACCGAACGUAGCAGGCGAAAAUUGCGACAAGCCCGAGCACAACAACGAAAGUAACGACAGCGAUACCGACACGGACAGCGAUACCGACUCAGACGUUUCCGAGGAGCGCAUCUUUCACAUCCACAAAAGCGUUCUCUGCAAGACAUCCGCCUUCUUCCAAAAUGCAACGAAGCCAGAAUGGACUGCUCCAACACCGCGCCCUAUAGAUCUUUCUGACGAGCUUCCAGAAAUCUUCCAUUUGUAUGUGCAAUGGUUGUACAGUGGGAAGAUCGCCGUCGAGAUCAUGUCCUCCAGUGACUCGGAUACGGAAGUUCGCAAACACGAGAACGUGGAUUAUCAUUCACUAAUUCAGUCGUACAUACUUGGAGAGAAGCUCAUGGAUACCACAUUUCAGAACGCAGUACUGCAAUGUUUGAUUGAGUGCGUAGAGCAAGCAGACUGUUUUCCCGGUGACCGGACCAUCAAGACGGCCUAUAAGCGCACGAUAAAGCACUCGCCUCUUCGUAAAUUGCUGGUCGACUUCUGGGUGUGGCACGGCGACUCUGAGGGGGCGGCUGAUGACAUGAAUUUGAGCCUGGGGACCGACUUCACGAACGACUUACUUAAGGCCAUGCUUGAAGCGCGUCCUAGUCCGGACACGAGUGCAGAGAAGGUCCAGCCUCCUUGGCUGACACAUCCGGAGAUCUACAGCAUAAAGGGUAACAAGAAGACCGCCAAAGACACCAGCAACAGCGGAGAUGUCGCCAAGGAGUAG